CCUCCUGUCACCCCCGUGCCCCUCAGGGUCACUUCAUUGUCCCCUCAGUGUCCCCACACCGCUCGUGUCCCCUCUGUGUCCCCAUCUUGUCCCCAGUCCCUUCCGGUGUCCCCUCUGCUGUCCCCAGGUGUCUCUCAGUGUCCCCCAGGGUGUGGUGGCACCCAGGGAGGUGGCACUGAGGGUCCUUUGUCCCUUCCCUGUCCCCUCCCCUGCGUCCCCAACCUGCCCCCCCAAGUGUGGUGUCACCCCUGGGGUGACACAGGUGACACCGGGGUGACACUGGGGUGACAUUGCUGUGUCCCCAGAUGCCACCAUGGCCACCAGCCGCUCAGAGGACGAGGAGUCCCUGGCAGGGCCCAAGCGGGGCCCGGCCACCCCCGUGGGGACUGUCCCCAAACGGCGCAGCUCCUCCAGGUUCAUCAAGAGGCGCAAGUUCGACGAUGAGCUGGUCGAGUCCAGCCUGGCCAAGCCCCCCAGUGCCCUCCCAGUCCCUCCCAUUAACCCCAAUCAAUCCCAGUUUAACCCAGUCAAUCCCAGUCAAUCCCAGUGGUUCCCACUCCCCUCCCAGUGGCUCCCAGUGUCUCCCAGUGUCUCCCAGUGCAUCCCAGUUUGGUGUUUAGGUUCAUCAAGAGGCGCAAGUUCGACGAUGAGCUGGUCGAGUCCAGCCUGGCCAAGCCCCCAGUGCCCUCCCAGUCAAUCCCAGUCAAUCCCAGUUAACUCCAGUCAAUCCCAGUCAAUCCCAGUCAAUCCCAGCUCCCUCCCAGUGCAUCCCAGUCCCUCCCAGUCCAUCCCAGUUUGGUGUUUAGGUUCAUCAAGAGGCGCAAGUUCGACGAUGAGCUGGUCGAGUCCAGGCCUGGCCAAGUCCUCGAGGGCCAAGGGGGGUCCCGAGCCCCCCCCCAGACCCGGGGGGGCCGCGGGGCCGGCGGGGGGGGGAGGGGCGGCCGCCGAGCCCCCCCCCGGGAGAGAGGAAAAAGGUGUCCCGGGCCGUGCCCCCCCCCGGCCCCCCCCCGGGCCCGGGCCCCCCCCGGCGCUGCCCAAGAGGCUCAAGAAGAGCAAACCCAGCCCCGCUCCCCGCGACCUGGGCAGGUGGAAACCUGCGGAUGAUCUGCUGCUCAUCAACGCUGUGCUGCAGACCAACGACCUGACCUCGGUGCACCUGGGGGUGAAGUUCAGCUGCCGCUUCACCCUGCGCGAGAUCCAGGAGCGCUGGUACUCGCUGCUCUACGACCCCGUCAUCUGCAAGCUCUCGUGCCAGGCCAUGCGCCAGCUGCACCCCGAGGCCGUGGCCGCCAUCCAGAGCAAGGUCCUGUUCAGCAAGGCCGAGGAGCAGCUGCUGACCCGAGUGCCAUCGAGCCCGGUCCCGUCCCUGGACACCUUCCAGGAGCUGCUGCAGCGCCACCCCUCCGUGUUUUACCCUGCCAGGACCCCCAAGGCCCUGCAGCUGCACUGGCAGCUCCUGCGCCAGUACCACCUGCUGCAGGACCAGACAGUGCAGCCCCUCCCCAAGGGGGAUCAGGUCCUGAAUUUCUCUGACGCCGAGGAGCUGCUGGACGAUGGCAAACUCAGGGACGUGCGGGACGAGGUCCUGGAGCACG